AUGGCGACCCGCGCGGCAGCGCCCGACGAGGCGGAGAAGAGCGACGUGGACAGCCUGCUGCGCCUCGUGCGCGCCCACCAGCGGCAGCACGACGACCGCGCCUACGACUCGAGCGCUCCGGCGGCCAUCCGCCGCUGCAAGACCAUGCUGACGAAGCUGCGCAGGCUGCUGCCUAAGCUCAUGCGGCCUGUGGCCACGCUGCCGACCGACAAGGCCGUGCCCGUGCUGCAGGACCUGUGCCAGCUGCUGACGUUGCUGCUCGGAGGCGGCGCGUGUCCGCACUCCAUGACGCUCUUCAUGGAGAGCAGCAGUGCAGGUGCGACCCGCGCGCAGGGCAACCCGGCGGCCUCGGGCUUCCCGUCCUACCCGACGAUGGCCACGAUGCUGUUCUACAUGGUGUCCUUCUACACGAAUGAGAGGCUGAAGCAAGCACAACGAGAUGUGCGCAACGUGACGCUGCAGAUGGUGCUGUUCCUACAGCGGAACGACGUGUAUGGGUUCAUCCACUUCUUCCGGGACACAGUGCAGCUGCUAGAGGACUGCUUCUUGCUGGAGGAGUCGCUGAAGAACAGGAACGACACGGACGUGCUGCCAGGCGGGGCGAGCAUUGCGUGCUAUUUGGACACGGCCAUUCACGUGUACCAAGACGCGGACGGACCGCUGGGCGCCAAGAGCAAUGUUACGCUGUGUGGCUGCAUGCCCAUUACUGAUGUGAACCAGCUCUACGAGCGCAGAGAGCAGCUGAAGCAGAUGCUGCCGUCGAUUCACGUGACUUCCUAUGGAAUGGUGGUGGCUCUUCGGGAAUCGGUGACGGUGCUGGCGGAUCGGAUCGUCCGAGAACAUAAUGCGAUGCUGGAAGGAGAUCAAUCGUUCGACAGGCUGUGCCAGUUGCUGCAGCUUUUUAUUGUAAAGAAUGAAGCACUUGUGAAGAGUGCAGAUGAAGCGUUCGGCGCUGUGUCGACUCAAGGUGCGGAUGAAGUUACUCGAAGCACGCUUCGCCUACUGCACACGAUGCUCCAGGUGAGCAUGGCUAUGGAGCGACGUUUUGUGCGCUUGACCCUGAUGUACUUGACGUCAACCGGUGUCCAUGAAAGCAACCCUCGAAUACUAAAAGCAUGUGCCGCCAUUCUUGAACUGGUUGGCUCAGCAUAUCCGCGAUUGUCUAAGUUUGCCACCGAUGUACUAUGGCCACCUUUUGAGUCAUGGGUAUCGGAGAAUAUGCAGCUUACCUGUGGAGCCAACCGUGAAAGCAAAAGCACGGUGGAAAUGAUUUGGAUGGCUGUGCUUUCGAUUCUGAGCCAGUACACUCGCCAGUCCAGCACCGCGACCCCUGCUUCGUUGUUCGUGGAUCUGUUGGGGAAUGUCGACGUGCGAGUAUCAAACCCUACGGUCAUUUCGAGCGUCGUUGAUGGUAUUCACCGCGUAUUGUCGUCCAAGGAAAUACUGAUGAAAGUUAUCCGCUUCAUAUCAAAGGCACUAGUGAACAAUGGAGCUGAUCGAACGAAGUCCAGUGAAUACCCAAAUACAACAAGGAAGCGCAAGCGGAAUGAAAUGUUUCUGAGUAAACAGAGUUCGCCUGGAGUGUUGCGUCGCGAAAGCAGCGUCGAGCUGCACGAGAAGUUGGGCCAAUGGAUUAUUGAUUUGAUUUCGAUCGGUAGCGGGGGCGAUCGAAAAAGUGUAGUGGCAAUUACCACAGGCUUGCGGGUAAUUUUGCCACUCCGUCGCUAUAUUGUGGCAUUUGUGCGUCUGGAAAGCUUUGCCGUAUUCAGAGCCCUUCUUCAGCGUGUGGAUCUGGUUGUGAAUACCUACGCGCCCUCGCUCACGCCCCUCACGAGUGAUUAUCUGGAUUUAUGGAUCGUUUUGCUUCGUUAUUAUGAUGACCACGAGCUUGAAAAAUAUCGGGACCUGCUUGCUAAGGUCGUUGAGAGUGUCGAGACUCAGCAAAUCUUCGCCCAGAGUAUCGAACGAGACAAGUCAUUUCUGGUGCCCGACUGCUGGGAGUAUUUGGAAUUCUUACAGCUAUACCAGGUUCAUCCGAAAUGCCACGAUAUGUCUCCUUCCGAGAACUUGACCGAAGUCUCGUACGACUAUCUCCGGUCCUCAGAGGCUGUGCUCGAUGUUGUUUUCCGCAAAUCGGUGCCCUUGCGCGGACCUUUCCUCGUCUACUUCGUGUGGUCACGCUCUGUGAUACUCAAUUUGGGUGGUGAGGAUUCCUGGCGUAAUGCUCUGCCGUGGAGAGUCGCUUACCAGAGCAUUCUACGCGAGACCACAGCCGACGCAGCAGUUUGUUCCUAUCUUGCGAUGAUCCCUCUUCUUGCCUUCUUUAUCGUGGCUGGAUCUAUAACGUCUCCGAAAAGGAUGGCUACGUGUGUCAUGGAGGCAUUAAGUGGAAAACUGCAGCGUACGAGGUCCAAGGCGAUAUCGUCAGCAAUUAUCCAAGUGUGUGGAGCAAUGCUCUGUGCAACAGCGUACGGCCAAGCUCUAGCUGACGGGAUUAGUAACUCCGUCGAUAAAAAAGAAGCUGCUGCCCAUUGUCGCUCCAGCAGAUGUCAGUGUCGAGAUCUUGCUAACAGCUUCCAAGCGGUACCAAUUCCACUUGCUCUAUUCGAAACAAUCAUUUGCGAUGACGCUGGCAGUAAUUCCGAAGAUAUGCAAGUCAUCACGAUAAACGCAUUGUCAAGCGUUUUUGAGCAUUGUGAAGUCGACUACGGAAAUGAUCACACUGCCAUGCGAUUUGUGGAAUAUCUUUUGGCCUGUUUUGAGCAUCGCUCUGGGCUCGUUCGCCAAGCGGUGUUAGAAUCAAUAGUCCACCAUCCACGCCUUCUCGAUGCAAUGAUUGAUCCGGCUAAGGCUGGAGUCCCCGGAUUAAUGGAGCGGUUGGAGGCCCUUAUGACAGCAGCCGAAGAAUGCUCUGAUGAGAGUCUGAUCACGGCGAUGCUGUUGACGUCGGGUACUGUUGGCUGUGAAUGUGACCCACAGCAAGGUGAUCGUGGAGAUAAUUGCAUCUGGAUCCUCUUGCGACUGGUCUCUAUGUGGAACCGUUUUCACAUUGCAAAACGCUCACGAUACGAAGCCAUGGCCUUUGACCAAAUUUGCCGCAUUACCUCCCAUCAUUGUGUGUCAUGGAGACGUUUGUGUGUUGACUUUCCAGAGUUGCUUUACUUUUCUCUAGUGGACGAACUGUUGGAAACUCAGACGCUUCAGAUGUUCCUUCGUACAUUCAUGGGCGGGAAAGUCGACAUCAAAGUUUUCUUGCGAGCAAGCGCACCAUACGUUCUUCCGAAAUAUGUUGUGAAUCAAAACGAGCGGAUGUUACAUGCGUACGUUGACGAGUAUAACGGCGGCGACGGAGAUGCGAUCAUGAUGGAGGACGGUGCAGAAGGCGAUCCACCUAUGACUAUCACGAAUCUUCUCUUGAAUCACCUUGACUACGUGUUGAAAGACCUGCUUAUUCACCAGGUGCAAGCAGUCUCCAACAAAAAUCGCUUAGCAGAAUGGGAGUUUUUGCUUAAAUUCCUACCAGAGAACUCCACUGUGCGUGAUGUAGUUACGCACUCUCCGCUUCGGCUAAUGAACUUAUUAGCGUGGGAGCUUGGCGGUCCUCAGUCGCGCAUGGCGAAGAGGGCAAUACGAGAGGUUGCAAAUUGCUUGAGUGAAGAUUCAAGGGAGGCGGAAACGAUCGAACAAGUGGCAAGCCUGCAACCUGGAGAGGGGUGUAUGCCUCGCCAGUAUUUCCUGGCGCUCAUGACAGACCUGGGCAAUCGAAUAAGCGGUAAAAAUCCACUUUCCAUUAAAAUUCGGGCGAUCAAGAGUAUCGACAGAUUGCUGGAACUCUACAGUAACUCAUCAUCGGACUUGGGUACUAGCACCCAGAGCAACGGAGUCGUCGAUAUUUUUGUGCCAAAAGUGAUGGCAACAUUGAAGGUCGCCCUCACGGAACGUGAACUGCAAGAACACGCGAUACAAGCUUGGGGUAAUUUUCUGCGAAUGCUCUCAACUAAAGCCCUCGAGGUGAAUUUGAGCUCUAUCAUUGUGAGCUUUCUUCCAUGUCUUGGUCAUGAAGCUUCUGCAAUAUUGACCGAAGACAGGGCGAUAACGGGCAGUCAAUGCUGGAAUGUGGAGUCUCUCGAACUUUUGAAAUAUGAUGCCGAGUGUUCAUGCGAACGCGAUGAGGUUCAAGCUCGAUGCAUGACAGGGGCGGUGAGUAUACUGCGGUAUUUAUUUAUCGAGAGAAGAGCAGAGCUAAAAGCAGCGUUUCCGAAAAUACCGUUGCUGCCUUCAAUUCCGGAGCUUGACGAGAUAUUUGCCGUUCUUUACGAGGAAGAUGGCGAUCCAAGGCAUCGACCUUUGCGCGAAUACUUGAUGGACCUGGCAUCAUACGUAAAUCAUCUGGAUGUAGCGGUUCGUGAAAUGGCGCUGGUGCAAUUGCUGCGUUGCCUCUCGGUACGUGGUGCUGAGUUGGAGGCACUCAUGCAGAAUGAAGGAGACAUAUUUAUUGAUCAGGCACUUGCGAGUGUGGUCCAGUCUAUUCUGCAGCUUUCCCGCACAGAGAGCCACGAACCGAUUAAAUUGCUCUGUGCUAGAUGCUUGGGGGCACUGGGCGCAAUUGAUAGUGCGCGCAUGCCAUUAUAUAUGUUUUACACGUCCGGCGGGUCCCAAGCAAGUGCUGCAGUUGCAAAGGAAAAGCAAAAAGUGGAGUAUACGAUGAAGGAUUUAGCCUGUGCGCUGAUUGAAACGUGGCUGGUGAAGGAAUUGCGUGCAGCACCCGAAAACACAGACUCGUUAGCAUUUGCUAUUCAGGAGCUGUUAAGAAUCCUGGCAGAGCUGACAGCUGAUCCACAACAGAGCGGCCAAAGUAUGGCUUCGACAACUGCGUACAAAGCAAGGCAGGAUCCCAAUGCUCCUAUGCCUGAAUGGAUGAAAAGAAGAUUCGAGCGGAAAGAGGUCCUUCAGUUUGUGGAGCCAUACUGGUCAACAAACUACACUGUGUCAGGUGGCCGCUCUUCACGUCGCAAUGGUAGCAGCGGGUCGGACCGACGGUCAUCUGCGAGCGCGGAUCGAACCCUUCAAAUCGCACGCGAUGACAUUUUAUAUUAUGAAAAGUACGGAACGUCAUACGAAGAAUGGCUUUUGAUGUGGUGCCGGCGAUUAAUCAGUCUUUCCCAGCCUCCGGAGCGAAAAGUUUUCUGGGCGUGCAGAACUGCGCUAGCGACGUGUCCUCAAAUCGCUCGGUUUUUGCUACCAUAUUUGAUACAGAAUGUGCUUCGCUCUGGAAGAUCGGAAGUUGGAGAGGAACUCAAGAAAGAAGUUAUGGCAGUGCUAGACGGCCAGGACUGUGGUGUUUUGAUGGACGAUGUAUUAAUGGCACCGCCCGAUUCUGAGCACACUAAUGACUCCGUCAAGAGCACCAGUAGUUCGCCAGAGAAAAAUGUUGGCGAUUUCUUCCGCCGCCAUGACCAAUGCUCCCAGACCAUUUUCUCUACGAUCGAUGAGUUGAAUGAAUGGAUUUGGACCAGCGAGAAAAAGCGCCUCCAGCUCAGUGCUGCUAGUGCUGCCAGCCGCCAGACGUCUGCAUCGGCACGCAGCGAAGCUCCAUCUGAGAUUGAUGACCACGAAAAGGAUUAUUUAGAAGAGUUUCUGAAAGAAAUCCCCAGUCGCUCACUCUCGAACGCCGCAUAUCAAAUCAGAGCGUAUGCCCGGGCAAUUCAAUACUUUGAAGUGUAUCUGCGGCAACAAGAAUUUACUCCGACUGAAGCAAGAGAUGCUAAUAUUCCCAUGGCGGGGCCGAUUCAUCCGUCGCUGAUCUUCAAAAACGCAUUUUAUCUCCAGCAACUUUACAAAAGCGUGGACGAACCUGACGCGCUUAUAGGCUUAGCAGCGGUGCGACGUUUGUAUGACACCUAUCGGCACAACGACGCUGGAGCAGACCUCCCAGAUGAGGCUCAGGAGGAGGGCUUAGACCUCUCCGAUUUAAUGCAUCAAAUUGUUGACCAUGAGCAGCUUGCUCAAUGGGAAGACGCUUUGGCUUGUUACGAGCAAGCAAUCCAAGAAAUCCAGUCGGCUCUAUCUUCCAGAUCAUUGCCAUCAAGCCGACCACACUACAGCCAACUUCAAAUGAUGCAACCUCCGGCCGAAAUUUUGGAAGCGGACGCUCACAAGGACCCUGACGUGAUCAAACCCGAGUUGUAUUCUGGAAUGAUUAGCUGCUUGAUCCAACUUGGCCGUCUCGAGAGUGCUUUGCAGCAUAUAAACGGCAUUGUGACACAAGAACCGCAAUUUAUGGCUACGAUGUAUCCUUUCGCACUCGAGUGCUCUUGGCGACUAUCGCGGUGGGAGCUUCUGUCCGACUUGCUAAGUGCCGAAAAGCAGAACCCCCUUCUUCACUCGUCAAACGGCUCGUCUGAAGGACCGGCAAGCACUCGGCUAAAGGGAUUUGAUGUCUCGCAGUUAAUGCUGGUUCGCGUGCUGCACAGUUUACAUGGUGGAGAGCAAGAAGAGUUUCAGCGUCACCUGAAAGCAGCGCGCUUGGAAGUAAUGGGACCUCUUGCAGCGGCAUCUGCUGAAUCCUACCAGCGUGCAUACCCGCUCCUGCACGAUCUCCACUUUCUGCACGAGGCAGAGCAGGGGUUCAUAUUUUUACAGAAAACAAAAGAAUGCGAAGACCUGGAUCGACGCAGUCUUCUGUGGAAAAAGCAGACCCCUUGGAAAAUGCGCUACGAUGCAGUUGCAACAUCCCUCAAGUACCGUGAUCCCAUACUAGCAUUGCGUCGGGUGCUUCUUCACGAGGCCGGGCUUCGCAGCGAAGUAUCUGAGAACUGGUUGCUGUACGCGAAACUAGCCAGAAAAGAAGGGUUCAUCCGUACAGCUACGAGUGCUGUAAUGCACGCUGAAGCACUGGAUAACCAAUACGCGAUGAUAGAGAAGGCCAAGCUACUGGUCAGCCAAGACCGAAUGCGUGAGGCUUUGCAGAUCUUGGAGCCGAUGGACAUCGAUGCUAAUACGUUGGAUUAUGACGUCGAAGACCCUCACUACUGCGCUAAAAACCUGCUUUUGGCGACCAACUGGAUGCAGGCGUCUGGCCAGCGUCAGGGCAAAAAGGUGAUCGAGCGCUAUCAAGCUGUCAUUCACUUUGAUCCAACGUGGGAGAAAGGAUAUUUUUUCCUAGCAAAGUACUAUGAGUACUUGCUGAGCAUAAGCCAUCCGGAUGCCCUCAAUGGAUCGAUGAGUAAUGAUUCGACCGAAGUUGUGAUAGACUCGGUAUUUCACGCGCACCUGAUCAACUUGAUGAAGAAUUACGUGCACGCAUUAUCGCAUGGAACAAAGUUUGUUUUUCAGUCCCUUCCACGACUGCUUACGCUAUGGUUCGAGUAUGGAGAAGUGUUAUAUGCGAGUGCUACCGGCGGACGUACCAGCAACAAAGCAAACAAGGCUCUGCGGCAAAUUGAGAUCGGGUUGAGCCAGUCCACCACAGAACAAAAAAUCCUCGAUGAUAUCGAUAACAUUGUCAACGAGGCGGCCGAAUCAUUGCCAGCAUACGAAUGGCUCAUGUGCUUUCCGCAAGUGACAUCGCGUAUAUGUCAUCCCAAUCCUGUUGUGGUUGAAGGUGUCAAGAAAAUUAUGAUUCGGGUGCUACAUGCUUAUCCAACUCAAGCUAUGUGGCCGCUGCUGGGCCUCUCGCGAUCGUUGAAUACGCAGCGACGCAAUCGUGCGCGUGAGAUCAUCUCCGUUACACAGAAGGAGCUUAUCUCUCAGGGCCUCAAAGAGAUUGCAGAGAGCUUCUCCGAGGGAACGAGGAUGGCAGACGAGCUGAUCAGCCUCGCCGGCCACGACCCUGGCAACAGUCAACGGAAGAUUCACAUUCGACUGAGUCGGAUUCGGACUAGAAUUCUCGUGCCGAUUCAGGCUGCUCUGACUACGAUUCUGCCGGUGUCUGGGAAAGCCCCUCGUGACGAAUUUCACGUUGCCUUCUCAGCGAAUGCUGAAAUUUACAUCAAGGCUUUCAGUGACAAGGCUGAUGUGAUGAUGACCAAGGAGAAACCCAAGCGCAUUGAAAUUUUGGGCACCGAUGGGAAUUUAUAUCCGUUCCUGUGCAAGCGUGAGAAGACGGGUGAUUUACGCAAGGAUGCACGCAUGAUGGAGUUUAACUCGAUGAUUAACAAGCUCUUGCAGAAGGAUCAAGAAGGCCGCAAGCGGAAACUCCGUUUGCGCACGUACGCGGUGGUGGUGCUGAACGAAGAGAGCGGGCUGAUGGAGUGGGUAAGGAACACGAAGGCCAUGCGGCAGCUCAUCGGGCAGAUCCACAAAACGGAGCGUGGGUACAUUCAGCCUAUUCGAAUGACGCAUGAGGUCAAGGAUCGAUAUUUGAACAUGCAGAAGAAGUACGCGAACGACCCUCACGCGAUGGCGCGAUACUACCGCCGUAAGGUGCUUUCGAUGCCUGUUUUCACGCCAAGAUUCCACCAGUGGUUUUACAACAACUUUGCCGAUCCUACGGCAUGGUUCGAGGCCCGACUCACCUUCUCGCGGUCGGCAGCCGUAUGGUCCAUGGUUGGACACAUCAUUGGCCUCGGCGAUCGUCACGGUGAGAACAUUCUGAUCGACUGCACUAAUGGCGAGUGCGUGCAUGUGGACUUCGACUGUCUUUUCGACAAGGGUCUCAAGCUAGCAAAACCCGAGAUCGUGCCGUUCCGCUUGACGCCAAACAUCAUUGACGCCUUCGGAAUCACGGGCUACGAGGGUGUUUUCCGUCGCGUCAGUGAGGUGACGAUCCGUCUGCUUCGAGAGAACAAGGAGACGCUACGGAGCGUACUUGAGGCCUUUAUCCACGACCCGUUAGUGGAGUGGGGUCGUCGCGGCAAGGCCACGCAGAACAGUGCCGGUAAAUCCAUCCCUGACCUGUCAACCGAGCGCACCAAACAGGAGACGCGCCUCGUGCUCAACACCAUCGACGACCGACUGCGCGGCAUCUACAACUUGGGAGACGCCAUCCGUCCGCUUGUGUCGGCGAACCACCGCAGCAUUCUGCCGGAGACCGACUCGUUGCCGCUCUCAGUGCAGGGCCAAGUCGACAAGCUCAUCCACGAGGCCACGUCGCUGGAAAACCUCGCGCAGAUGUACAUCGGCUGGAUGCCGUUCCUAGGACUCGAAGGCUCGAUCGCUGGCGUCGCGGAGGUGCCGAGGCGGGAAUGCUGCGAGCGCAUUGGUACAAUAAUUGUUUUUCAGUCCGUUAUUUGUUCUCAACUUGGGGGUCGCUGUCGAUGGUUGAGCACUUCGACUGACCCGGCUAAAGACAGCGCCGCCGCCUUCAUCCACGAUGAUCUAGCGAGCUUUAAUGUCGACUGCUCACUGGCCGUCAUUGAGACGGAAGGCAGCAUGCCCUUGUCGUACAUUUUGUCAAGUCGGGCGACAGGUUCGCGGACAAUUGUGCACUCGCGCACAAUCGCUGAGCUGGGCGUGGAAGCUUUCAAGAAGCAGGUGGAGCGGUAUUUUACCGAGAUUCGACAGGAUGCGGACGCACCUGUGUGGUUCCACUUUGAGGGACGCAACAUGGAGUCUGCGAGGCAGAUGAUGAUGCACGUUCGAGAGAAGGCACCGCAAGCCAAAAUUUCGGUCGAGAUCGAGUUCCCGAGAUACCCGUGGACUCUGGCAAAGACACUGGCAUCACUUGCGGACUACGUGUUCAUGUCCAAGGAUUACCUUCGGGACAACAUCAACAUUGGAAGCGCACAGGAGUUUUUCGAUCGGAUUCAACGCCAGCAGUGGGGUGAAUACUGGAGCCAGUGGGUGAAGGCGUUCAUCUGUCCUUGGGGCUCGGAAGGCGUCUACUAUAUGGAGAUGAUCGGGACAACGCGGCAUCAUAUCCCUACUGCUCAGCUCGAUCGCGUGGUGGAGUCCAAUGGAGCGGGCGACUCGUUUAUUGGGGCCAGUCUUGCGGGCUUAUCGCGUGGCAAUGUACCCCUCCAGCUUGUGCUGAAGACUGCGUGCGACGUUGCUACUGUGAAAUGCGCACAGCAUGGCUUUCAGCUUCCUGCGGACAGGAUCUUGAAGUGGCAGCAGGACUUGCAACAUGAACGCUCCGGUGAAAUAGAUGAUGAAGGCACCGAUCCCGAUACGGAGCAGACAUCUCAUAGCGUGACUUCUGAAGUUGAGAUGGAGCUGGAUAUGGUCCAGCCUUCUACUGGAAUAGGUGAGUCAUCGGCGCACCUCUUUGCUGUGCCACUUUUGUCGGUAUUGGAGGAAGACGACGAUGGAGACAUCGUUGUACCUCGAAAGCGUUCUCGGAAGCGAGUGAAGUCAGCCGAACAGCGUGUUAAUUGCGGUGAUGAAGCUGCGAACGAAGCCACUACAGUCCAGACUGAGAAGCUUAAAGGCACUGACGCCAGCUUCGUCUUGGAGGCACGCAGCCGUACCACAUGGGAUACCGCAGGCACCCAGCUUUGGAGAGCAGCAUUCCUUCUCGCAGAAUAUAUCUACAGCUCGCCGAUACUAACAUUCGUGACAACAAUCGCUCUCUGCAGGAACUUUUCGCGGGCCAAACAGUUCUUGAACUCGGUUGCGGGAUUGGUAAGACGGCUAAUAGGCACUACUGUAGUCAACGAUAAACCAGGAACUCAGAUUGCUGGUGGCUUGCAGGGUUUACUUCAAUCGUGGCUUCCCGGAGAUUUGCAUUUUCGAUUGCUCGAUUGGGACAAUGGUAACUCGGCAUCAACCACCGGCGAGAACCCGCCAUCUCUGUACGGCUGGACUCCUUGCGAUCUAGCCGAGCUGGAAAAUCUGACAACCAUCAUCGCCAGCGAUGUUUUCUACGACGAUGCCACCACGAUACUGUUCUUGUGUGCUCUUCGUCGGUUGAUGGUGCAGUACAACCGUGCAAAAGCGUACGUAUCGUUGGAACGACGCACAGUCUUCUCUGCUGUGGCUAUGCGAGUUGUUUCGCUUGGCUAUGACGCCUAUCAAGCCCACAUUUGCUCGCAUGAUCCGAGCAUUUGCCACACUCGCGUCUGUGGAAAUCAAAUACAGUGCCGGGUGUGCAGUGCAGAAGCCUCUGAAAGCAAGGAAGAGCUACUCCGCUUUGUUGUGCAAGAAAUUGACGUCAACGGCUUCCCUCAGCGCUUCAAGUAUGAUAGGUUGUCCUCGUUAAUGCUCUGGCAGAUCAACGCGGUAGUGAUUCCUUAA